AUGGCACUGAGGAAGAAAUUGUGCGAAGGAUCCAAUUUCAAUGGCAAAAUUAUGGACAACUUUGCAAGGUAUUACAGCUCGAAGAUGGACUUAAGGAAGCUAAAGCCUAUGAUUCAAAAGAGAAUCCAAAACCGAGCUAAAGAUUACCUAGUGCCGGCCAUGGUACCAGUUGCCCAGGAGGUCUUUAAUUCCCGGAGGCUCGUUAUGCAAGGUGUCUCUACUCUCCUCAAAAUGGUACCAGUUUUGGCCUGCAAACCACUUUAUCUGAAUGGUCCUGACUCCUCCCUAAAUGUUAUUUUUAGGAGCAAUUUAUGUGACUCAACGAAAGGCCACUUAAUUCAGACUUGUUGUGGCUUCAAACGUCGUGGCAAAAAUCGAGUUCAUGAAUGGAUAGUUGGUGGUUUGAAAGAUGUGCUUGUUCCAGUAGAGGCAUUUCACCUCAAGCACAUGUUCCAGAAUGUUAUAAAACACCAUCAGAGGUUUGACUUUGAACGUGUUCAUGCAGUUGUCGAGCUAUGCUGGCAAGCAGGGGCAAAUGAUGGAAAUUAUUUAAAUUGGAACUCUGAAAGUGAUUGUGUUGGCGUUGAUGGAGCUGAGUCUUUGUCAUCUGAUGAACUGAUUUUGGUUGCCAGUGGAACUUUGAGGGCAUGGGAAAUACUUAGAAAUGGCGUGGAGAAGUUGCUGAUGGUUUAUCCAGCGAAAGUCUGUAAACAUUGUUCAGAAGUUCAUGUUGGGCCAUCUGGGCAUAAGGCUAGGCUUUGUGGAAUUUUUAAAUAUGAGAGUUGGCAGGGAACCCAUUUUUGGAGGAAGGCAAAUGUAGAUGAUCUUGUACCUCCAAAGACUGUGGCGGCGGCGUCCUCAGGAUCCUCAAGUACUUUUGAAUGAAGGGAGGGGAUUUUAUGGGCAUGCUCUGGA